CAGCUUGGAACAAACGAAGCUCUGGACUCUGCGCCCCAACUGAAAGGCUCAAAAAGUCAAAUCCGGUGCUAAUACCUCUUAUCCGCGUUGAGGAAUAUCGUUAUUCUCGAUGGGGAAAGGCGGGGGCUGCUUCCCAAGCAAGAAGAAAGUCCCCUCCGGCGCCAGAAAUCCCGACGCCGCCAGCCAUGCCUCCGCGGCGCCGAUUUCCACUGAUGGCAAUCCGAAUUCCGCUCCCAAGCCAAAUGACGACGUUAUCGUCGCCCAGUCGCAACGGAAUCCCGACCGGGUUCCGAAAUUGAGGAUAUUCAUAGUGUUCUACUCGAUGUACGGGCACGUGGAGGGGCUGGCGCGGCGGAUGAAGAAGGGGGUUGACGGCGUGGAGGGGGCGGAGGGGGUUCUGUACCGGGUGCCCGAGACCCUGCCGGCUGAGGUUUUGGAGGCUAUGAAGGCGCCGCCGAAGGACCCUGAAAUUCCAGAGAUUUCUGCGGCGGAGUUGGUGGCUGCGGACGGGGUUUUGUUUGGGUUUCCGACGAGGUUUGGGAGCAUGGCGGCGCAGAUGAAGGCGUUUUUCGACUCGACGGGGCAGCUGUGGAAGGAGCAGAGCCUGGCUGGGAAGCCUGGUGGGUUUUUUGUCAGUACCGGGACUCAAGGCGGCGGCCAAGAAACCACUCUAUGGACGGCAAUCACCCAGUUAGCACACCAUGGAAUGCUGUUUGUUCCUGUUGGGUAUACUUUUGGAGCUGGCAUGUUUAAGAUGGACUCUGUACGAGGGGGUUCUCCAUAUGGUGCCGGUGUCUUUGCUGGUGACGGCACAAGAGGGCCAAGUGAAACUGAGUUGGCCCUUGCGGAGCAUCAGGGGAAGUAUAUGGCAUCAGUAGUCAAGAAGCUUGCAUAAACGAUUUCCAGACCUAGUAUCUUUCUCAGCCGUCAUUUUCGUUUCUGUUUGUCCAUCUGAAUGUAUUCCUUCUGCGAUUGUUCUUUAUUUUCUCUCAUUUCUGAGUUCUUUUCUGUUCAGAAAACACUGUAAAGGUUUUAGAUUUGUUCUGCCUGAUUCUGUCAAAUAAUUUGUGAAUGUGUUGGGUGUGUCAUUUUUUAUACUUUCAUUUCGAAAACAUGUAAUUCAGUUAGAACUUGAUAUAUCAAUAAAGUUCGUUUUCUUUAC